UCUUGUAUGUUACAUGAUGCAGUUCCAGAAAACAUCCCUACCCACCAACCGCCCUAAGGAAAGUUAACAGAUAUUCCAAGGGGGAGGGGUUUCAAAAGCCAAAAUUUUUAAAGGAAAUUAUGAAGCUAAACUGGAAUUUUUAGAAGGGUGGGUUGGAGGUUCAAUCUACUUUCUGUGGGAGGGUUAUCAAACCGUAUGGAUGUUUUCUAGCUGGAACAACAUAUUUGUAUACAGACUCUUAGGAAAGAACUACAAAUGGAGGGGUUCUUUAUAAAGUACCUUUCUCAGAAGAGGAUGUGGAUUCCUCCACUGAAGCAGACCUCCCAACUCUCCCGGUUUUCCCUGGAGUCUCCAAGUUUUUCAUCAAAUCUCCCGGUCUCCCGGUUGGAGCACCAAAUCUCCCGGGAACUACCUGUUGUGGCUCUUGUUAAUUUUUUUUUAUUAAUUUCGUUAUUUUCGAGACGUCGGGAACGUUCGGAAGGCCUUCGGGUGAUUGUCGGAGAGUAUUCAGACAUUGUCGAAAAUUAUAUUCUUAUAAUGCAAAGAUUUCUAACUGUCUCCAGGUUUUUGUACUCUGGGGGUUGGUAGGUAUGCUGAAGUCUCCUUUGAAAAUGUAUUAAACACCGCAUCUCAUUUAGUGCAUAAUUCUGAGAGAUGACAUAGAGAUGACACAAUUUUGAUCAAUUUCAAGCCAGUUUUUUAGAUCAUAUUGGUAACAUCAUAGGCAUGUCUUGAAUUUUCUUUGUAAGAAAAUAAACCCAAGUUUGAACAGUCGCAAUAUCUGUCGCUUGAUAUCAAUUUUUUCUAUUUUCUGACAAGUGUGAUAAAGCGUUGUCUUUGCACUUCGUGUCAAACGUUACGACGCCUAAUUGAAGCCGCUGGCCUCAAACAUCGCAGGCAUUUUUCGGCAUUCCACUUGACAACCGGACGCAAUGUUAAACAGAGACGUUAUAUGUAGGCAUACACGAAGGAUUACUCUUUUCAAAGCUGUAACCCUCUCAGUAUGGGAUCAUGGCUGCCCGAAUUUACAUGUUUUUAAUAUUUUUUACCGGCGUUUUCUCCAACGAUCGCCAAGUGUCUGGACACAGAAUUGUAACAGUCGCCGACUACAACAUAUGGAAUGUUAUGUUUCAGUGGGAAACAAGAAAACAGUUCAUCGCAGAAAUGAUAAAUCAAGUCAAUCCAGAUGUGAUCGGUUUCCAAGAGGUGCGGACCGAUGCAAAGGACCAAAGAAACCAGCUAACAGAGUUGCAAGAGUUAAUUCCACAGUAUAAACAUCUUGUUUAUCACCCAGUUGCCAUGGUUACACCUCCACUAGGUCAACAAGUGCCACCAGGGUGGGAAAUGGAAGGUCUGGGACUGCUCAGUAAACAUCCCAUAAUAAUGAGUCACAUUGUGAACCUUACUGUUGGUAAAGGGAGUGUCGAUCGAAACAAACGAGUUGUCCUUCAUGCUCAAGUUGACAUUGACGGAGAUGAACUGGACAUCACAGUGGUUCACUUUUCUUACGACAAAACUCAACAAUGUCAAAAUGCUAUUGAUGUCAUCAAUUAUAUUGCAUCCAUAGGAAGUGAACGUUCGGUGCUUGUGGGAGAUUUCAAUGUGUACAAUGAUUUUCCUUGGCCAGUGGAUGGCAUCUCAAAAGGAUCUUUUGACAAGCAGGGGUCAUGUGAUACUCCACCUUAUUUUAAUCCUCAAGGUUCUAACCAAGGCUACGGCUUUGUGGAUGCCUGGGUAACAGCAAAUGGAGAUCAUAGAGGAUAUACUUUCAGUAACAUGCCAGAACCAGGACCAGUGAGUCGACCAGACAGAAUACUUGUUUCAUCAACUGGUCUUCAGGUCAUAUCAGCUGAGAUUCACGGAGACGGAAAAACCUAUCAACAAAAGUACAGUUUGCAAAAUAAAUGGCAACGACUCAAGAUGACAUUUCAGAUGGCAAAAGAGACUGCAUAUGGUCCACAUUUCAAGUACACAUGCCACCAAGACUGCGGCCCUCAUGGAUCUUGUCGAUGUGGUGUUUGCGUCAAAGGAGGAGAUCAAAAUAACUGUGAAUUACCAUUUUGCCAGGAAUGCGAUGCUGAACAUUACAACAGCUUUGUAUUGAUUGGUGUUUUAUAUGCGACUUCGGUGGUGUUUAUCUUGUACAUACUUCUCAAAGUACUUCUAAAAAAGUGUUUUAGUAGGACAAGACGAUUGAACAGUAGGGUGCUAUUUUUGUGUUCAAACAGAAUGUUGGGAUUAUCUGUGAUCUCUCUAAUGAUCGCUCUUUAUUUCAUUACCAUGUCGUCCCUUGGAGACACUUUGGAAACUGUAAAUGGAAGAAUUGCAGAAGAGAUGUUUCCUUCCGAUCAUAUGAUGGUGGUUACAAAGUUAAAAUUUACUUAUAGAUGAGACAAACUCAGUUGACAGGCAAGUGGCGGAAAGCCAUAGAAGUUUCAGAGUUUGGAUCAUGUGUACUAAAAGCAUUUGCAGUCAAGUGUCAGUCGAUGCCUUUGAUUGAUACUCAAUCGACACUCCAACACUCUAUCGACAUCACAUUGAAUACUCGAUGGACACACGAUCGACACUCAAUUAACAGUUGGUUGAUAGUUGGCAACCAACUCAUAUUUAUCAAACGACACCCGAUGGUGUGUGUGUGAAAAUUUAUUGACUCUCGAAUGACAGUUGAUUGAGUGUUGACUGAGUAUCGAUGAAGAUGUCAAUUGAGUGUUGAUUGAGAUGUCAAUGGAGUGUCGACUGAGGGUCAAACAGGGGUAUCGAUCGACACUCAUCCAUGGAGGCCUUAGGCACACAUGAUCCCAGAGUUAUACUAGAGCCUUAACAGUUGUUUCCUUGUUACCAUGGACACAUCUAGUUUCUUAACACAAUUGCCAGAAUGUGAGAAGAUAUUAUGACUUGGAAUACUUGUUCUGUCAACUGAAUCAGAAUGGAUACCCUUAGCCCUAUAAAUAUUAUAAAACUAUGUCGUUUUUAUUCUGUAGUAAAAGUGAUAUUUGUACAAUGGGUGUUAUUUGAAGUUGACGCAAAUUUAAUGAUAUUCCCUUCAACAUUAUUUAUUUGGAACCUGUGGAAAUUAAUAUUAUGAAAAACUGACAUAUCUUCCAGCUGUUUCUAAUAUUAUUGUUGCAGAAGUAAAUGUUAGAAAUGUGGUUUGAAAAUACUGGUUUCUUCAUGUACUGGUUUCACAUCUUGUGCAUAAAUAUUUGAUAUCUUGCAAUAAAGGUACAUGUUUUUGUGGAGACUUCAA